CGUCAGCUUCCGGGAUCUUCCCACCCUUAGCAAGACCAGCGAGAGGACACCGCCUGCGCCUAGAGCAGCCCACCCAGGAGCGCGGUGCGCGAACGGGCGAGGGAAGCUGCGCGCUGCUACGGUGUCCUCCGCCGAGACGUUCGAAAGGCGGGACUACGGAAAACCAACAUCCUGCCUCUUUCACCAUCCCCAACUCAGGAAUUACAUCUGCCAGUCUAUUCCACACCUUCUACUGGAGAAAUGCUUUCUGAAAGCAGUUCAUUUUUGAAGGGUGUGAUGCUUGGAAGCAUUUUCUAUGCUUUGAUCGCUAUGUUAGGACACAUUAAGAUUGGUCAUGGAAACAGAAUGCACCACCAUGAGCAUCAUCAUCUUCAAGCUCCUAAUAAAGAAGAGAUCUUGAAAAUUUCAGAGGAUGAACGCAUGGAGCUUAGUAGGAGCUUUCGUGUAUACUGCAUUAUCCUUGUGAAACCUAAAGAUGUGAGUCUUUGGGCUGCAGUGAAGGAGACUUGGACCAAACACUGUGACAAAGCAGAGUUCUUCAGCUCUGAAGAUGUUAAAGUGUUUGAGUCAGUUAAUAUGGAAACAAAUGACAUGUGGCUAAUGAUGAGGAAAGCUUAUAAAUAUGCCUUUGAUAAGUAUAGUGACCAGUACAACUGGUUCUUCCUUGCACGCCCCACUACAUUUGCUAUUAUUGAAAAUCUAAAGUACUUUUUGUUGAAAAAGGAUCCAUCACAACCUUUCUAUAUAGGCCACACUAUAAAAUCUGGAGACCUUGAAUAUGUGAGUGUGGAAGGAGGAAUUGUCCUAAGUAUAGACUCAAUGAAAAGACUUAACAGCCUUCUGAAUAUCCCUGAAAAGUGUCCUGAACAGGGAGGAAUGAUUUGGAAGCUAUCUGAAGAUAAGCAGCUAGCCGUCUGCCUGAAGUACGCUGGAGUAUUCGCAGAAAAUGCAGAAGAUGCUGAAGGAAAAGAUGUAUUUAAUACCAAGUCCGUGGGACUUUUUAUUAAAGAGGCAAUGAGCAAUCACCCCAACCAGGUAGUGGAAGGAUGCUGUUCUGAUAUGGCUGUUACUUUUAAUGGACUGACUCCUAAUCAAAUGCAUGUGAUGAUGUAUGGGGUAUACCGUCUUAGGGCAUUCGGACAUACUUUCAGUGAUGCGUUGAUUUUCUUACCUCCAAACGGUUCUGACAAUGACUGAGAAGUAGAAAAAGACCAUGUAUUUCAUCAUUGUAUAAAAUGUGGUAUUUAUAGUAAUGACUACAUCAACAUAGGUAUAUUUCAUUUCUAACCUGGUGGCAUUGGUGUAAUCAUACAUUAAAGUUUAUUAGCAUAUUUUAUAAAUAAGGUGGCAUUUCUUUACCUGAAAACACUUAAGAAUGUUUUGGAAAUGUUUUAAAUAUAAUUUGCAAAUAAAGCAUAUAUUUAUAAAUAU